AUGCAGACUUCUACAAACAUUUGUGAAAGAAUGGAUUGCUCUCAGGAGCUCAGUGAAUUCAAGUGUGGUACCAUGAUAGGUUGCCACCUGUGCAAUAAGUCCAUCCAUGAAAUUUCCUUGUUACUAAAUAUUCCACAGUCAACUGUUAGUCGCAUUAUAACAAAGUGGAGGCAAUUGGGAACAACAGCAACUCAGCCACCAAGUGAGCGGGGUUACCGCAUGCUGAAGCACCCAGUGUGUAGAAGUCACUAGAAUCAGUAGCUAAAGACCUCCAAACUUCAUGUGGCCUUCAGAUUAGCACAACAACAGUACAUAGAGAGCUUCAUGGAAUGGGUUUCCAUGGC